CUCAGCACUCCGAAAUCCCACGCUUCCAGCCGAACACUUGAAUGCACCGGCAGCUCCCAGCUGAGAGUCGCGUGGGAGUGGGAGGUCCACAGAGAGUAGUCCCACCGUCUUCUUCUUGGAGCCAUGCAGCAAGAGCUCCUAUUCAAAGUGUUGGUCAUCGGCGACUUGGGGGUGGGCAAGACGUCCAUCAUUAAGCGCUACGUCCACCACAUCUUCUCGCAGCACUACCGAGCCACAAUCGGCGUGGACUUUGCCCUCAAGGUGCUCCAGUGGGACCAGGACACCGUUAUCCGUCUUCAGCUGUGGGACAUAGCAGGACAGGAGCGCUAUGGCAACAUGACGCGUGUCUACUACCGCGAGGCCAUGGGAGCGUUGGUGGUCUUUGACAUCACGCGUGCAUCUACCUUCGAUGCCGUGCUCAAGUGGAAGGACGACCUGGACUCCAAGGUGACGCUGAACCACGGCAGGCCCGUUCCAGUCGUCCUCUUAGCCAACAAGGCCGACCAGGCGACGUGCCAGCAGCCCAAACUGGACGCCUUCUGCCGAGAGAACGGUUUCGUCGGCUGGUUCGAGACUUCGGCCAAGGAAAACACAAACAUCGAGGAAGCAGCACGCUGCCUGGUGGAGCACAUCCUGAGCAACGAGGAGAGCCCGCUCCCCGAGCGAGAGCCCGCCUCCCUCGUCCUGUCCGGGUAUGCCAAUGCCACCAAGGAGCACCUCAGCUGCUCAUCUUGUUCGAAAUAACAAAUUGCUGGCCAGCGGGAGUAAAAACAGGAAGGGAAUGCCGUCUGUCACAGUGGAUACAGUUUUUAAUUUUUAAUUCAAAUCUAUAUAGCCUAUAGGUUAAUGUUGUUUUUAAUAUUAUUGGAAAUAUAAGGCGUUAGUUGCAAUUUUCUGCCUUACAGAGGCAGGAUGCCACUUGUGUGAAAGGGUAUUUGGCAAUAUUCCACCUUUGCUGGAUUUUGUAUGAAAGGCACAGGCGUGGACAAAUGCUGGAACCACUGUUACGGCUUGGAAUACGGCUCUCUAUUGUUGGAUCAGUGUGCAAAAGAGGCCACUGGACCCUUCAUUAGGUACACCUGCACAAACGAAGCUGUAUUGAA